AUGGUGCAUUCAUUUAUUUUUUGUACUCCAAAGGCUAAGAAGCUAACCGAUGAAUCUACUCGACUCCGCGGCGAGCUUCAACGCCUCCAUACUCAAAGCAAAUCUUCUUGCAAUUCUUCACCAUCGGCAAGUGGUAUAACCAGCUCGCCCUGCUCUCUGACUACAAGCGGCUCUCCUUCGGCUAGUCCUGGGCCAGGAACUCCCGAGACAGCCUGGCAGGCCAGGCCGGUCGGCUGCUUCAUCACCACAUCUCAGGCUGGUCGAACUUGCUCCAGUGGGUCCGUUGUUCCUGCCUUGAGUCCUACAGUCGUUGCAUCCGUUGCCACUAGUGCAACCGCCUCUUCGGUAUCCUCGAGUUCAAUUGCCACUAUAGCUGCUAGCUCCCACAACACCACCAACCUUAUCUCUUCCAUCUCCGUCGCAUCCACCAGUCCUGUCGGCGGCCUGGGCCGGUCCCCAAGAGCAGGAGUAAAUAGUGCUGCGGCAGCCGCCACCUCUGUUAAUUCCGCUAUCCAACCAAGUACACCAUUGACAAGCGGUGCGCUUGCGCCUCGCCGGACUUCUUUACUAUUGUCUUCUUCAAGUUCUGCUGGUGUCGUGGCUUCCGUUCUAAAGGCGGGUUCCUCAUCGGCAUCCGGGGCUACUGGAGCUGCCUACCACAUGCCAGCUUAUGCAUUUCAUCAACAUCGACACACUUCACCUGGUGGCCCCAAUGUCAGCGUGCUCUCGACUGGACCGACAGUUCGCAGCCUGAUACAAAGCAUCGAAAAUCAAGUAAAUAAAUUCGUUCUCUUAUCUUUUGUUUGUUUGCCAUUUGUGUAUUCAUUUCCCUUGUUAAUUGAUGCACGAAAAUAA